UUUUCUCCACAAGGGAGAGAGAACUCCAUCAAAAUCGAAAUCCGUCAAGAGAGAGAACACGGCGAGCAAAGAUGAACACAGAUAUCACUGCGUCGGUGAAGCCCGAGUAUCCAGUAGUGGAUCGAAACCCUCCGUUCACGAAGACUGUUGCCAAUUUCAGUGCACUUGAUUACCUUCGAUUCGUCACCAUCACUGGAGUCUCCGUCACUGUCGGAUACCUUUCUGGAAUCAAGCCCAACAUUAGAGGUCCUUCAAUGGUAACUGGAGGUCUGAUCGGUCUCAUGGGUGGGUUUAUGUAUGCUUACCAGAACUCUGCUGGGAGGCUUAUGGGUUUCUUCCCUAAUGACGAAGAGGUAGCCCGGUACAAGAAAUUGAACAAUUUUUAGUCGUUAAUUAAAUUUUAGACGAACAAAAGUAGGUGCAUUUCUGGGUUUCAUCCCCUGUCUGAGACAUUUGGUUUUGUCAAUAAUCAAAUUCUUCUUCUCUGUUGGCUUUGUUGUUGAGGUUUGAUUUCCUGUUAUUUGUGAUUAACCAAUGUCUGAAGCUUCCGUUCUGUUGGACUCCUUUAAUGACUUCAUCUGUACUUUCAUUAAGUGUGAAAUCUUCCACAAGCACACAGUCAACAUGUAUUGAAAGAUAGUACUGAAUUAUUUAUUUGAUUGAGCCAUCAA